UCAAUUGUUCAUUUAUUGAAACUAGCUAUUACAUGUAUCUGGUGGAAUGUCUAAUUUUACGUGUAAUUGUGAAAGGUAUUACAUAAAAUAACUGUUAUGAAUUUUGAGGCAUUUGGUAAUAGUUACCGUUAUUUCUCAUUGUUUGUUGGUGCUUUUUGCGAGUGGGAUGUGAAAUGUUUGCUUUGCUGAAGGCCGGUUCCGGAAAACGUCAAUUAAUCGAACAGAUCCGGCAUCUUAGUGAAUUACCCAAAGAUGCAUUUGCGUUAAUCGUUGGUGGUGGUAUUGCUGGAACAUCGUUAGCCUAUCAUUUGACGCUUCGCGGUGUUCCUGAUAUAGUUUUAUUGGAGAGAGGAAAAUUAGUAGAUGGAUUAGCACUGCAUCCGGUUUGAUUUCCAAACUUUUACGGCUCUUCAAAAUUUAUGGAUCCAGGCCUGGUUAGCUCGGCACAUCCAGUUCAUCGUUACAAGCCGUUCCUCGCUUGGUCUGUUGAACUAUAUGCACGUCUACAAGAGGAAGCAGGAGGGAAGCUUGAGUUCUUCCGUCCCGGUACAUUAAGAUUAGCAACUAAUGAGGCGCGUUUGGAUGAAUUCAAACAAUACACCGCUCGAGACUAUUUUACAAAAGGUGAUGUAGCAAGAACAACACUGAUUGAUGCUGAUAACGUGAAAAUUUUGGCACCUAUUCUGGAUACGAAAACUGUACUAGGAGCUUUAUAUACAUCUGGUGAUGGUCAUGUAAAGGCUCAAAAUUUGAAAAUAGCUCUAGCUAAAGGUGCUGAAAAACGUGGUGCUGUGGUUGUUGAACAAUGCCCACAAAUUAAAGCAGUGGAAGAGGAAAAAACUGAUUGGAUUGUGAAAUUUGAUGAUGGUAGCCAAAUACGAACUCGAAAUAUUAUUAAUGCUGCAGGUCUGUGGGCUCGAGACUUUGGACGUUUGACAAACCUAGAUAUACCGCUUGCAAUAGUUGAGCACCAAUAUGCACGUAUCGGUCCUUUUCCUGAGGUAGAGUCUUUGUUGGACUUGCCAGCCAUCAUAGAUCAUGAAAGUACGUUUUACAUACACAGAGAUGGUGAUAGUGUAUUAUUCGGUGGUUUCGAACAGAAACCAUCAGAUGUUGUUAUUCGGGAAGACUGGAUAGAGCGUAUGCCAAAAGAGAUAGUCGUUGAGCCAGAUUUCAAACGCUUGGAACGGGCAUAUAAGCGCGCUUGUGAACUUAUUCCAUGCUUACGUGGUGUCAAUGUUGAUGCAAGGGCAUGUGCUGUUACCAUGAUGGCCGAUGGUUAUCCGCUUGUUGGACCUAUUAAUCACAAACAAAAUUAUUGGCUUCAAGCCGGAUAUUUCGACGGUAUUUCAAGCGGUGGUGGAAUGGGAAAAUAUUUGGCAGACUGGAUAAUCGAUGGUGAACCUCCCUCUGAGCUGUUUGAUACUGAUGCUAAUAGAUUUGAUCGUUGGGUAACGCAAGAUUAUAUCACUAACAAAUGUCGCGAAACAUAUUCCAUGUUUUACAACUGGUCGUACAAGAAUCGGAUAAUUGGACGUCCUACAGGACGUGUGAGUGGAAUUUACGGACGACUACAGAAGGAGGGAUGCUUUUAUUUAUUCCGCAAUGGCUGGGAGGUUGCCGAAUCAUUUGCUGCUGAAUACAAGGAUAAACUACCGAAUAUGAUACGUGAAUAUGAGUUGGUGUCGAAUAAAUGUGGUGUCAUCGACUUAUCCUGGCGGGGCAAAAUUGAAGUACGUGGUAAGGAUUCCGAAAAGUUACUCAGUUAUGUGCUCGCCAAUGAGCCACCUCAACUAGGCAAACUAUCGUCGGGAUUAAUGCUUACUAAAAAAGGAAAUAUUUUCGGAUCACUAGACCUUUUCCAUCAUGACCAAUACAGAUCGGAAUUUAUACUUAUAACCGAUCCAGAGCGGGAAUCUCGUGAACUUAACUGGUUGAAAAGAGCUGCAAUUGAGAUAGAAGCCAAUGUAGAAAUAUCCGGCAUAAGUGAAUAUCUGGCUUCACUUGCCGUUGUUGGUCCAAAAAGUAGGGAAGUGUUAAAAGAAUUAACAAAGUCGGACUUGGAUUUCGAACAAAGCGCAGCGCGAUUAAUGAGACUUGGCUCUGCACCAGUUAUUGCUGUUCGUACAACAGCUGCUACAGGACAACUUUCUUACGAACUUUAUCAUAGCAGAGGUGAUACAUUGGCACUUUACAACUCGUUAAUGGAGGUUGGUAGAAAUUACGGAAUUGUUAAUUUUGGCCAAAGUACAUUGAACAUGAUGCGUAUCGAGCAUGGCUAUAAGAUUUGGGGCAGAGAACUUACGCUAAACACAAAUCCUUACGAGUGUGGAUUGAGUCACAUGGUGGAUUUGAACAAAGAAAACUUUAUUGGCAGAACAUCUUGUAUGGAGCUGUCGCAGAAACAAUGGAAUCGAAAGCAGGUACUUCUGAUUUGUGAGCCGCUUACCGAGCCUCAGGGAUGGAGAAUGAUACCAAAACGGAUGGAAGUGAUUCGUAAGGAAGGUUCAGAAGAUCGAGUGGGACAGAUAACAUCGGGAACAUUCAGUGUUCGUCUUCAUCGACCGCUUGCUUUCGCUUGGGUUCACUCGGAUAUCACUCCUGAGGAUAAGCUAUGGAUUGAUAUUGGUGGUUCGCAAGUACAAGGGAGGAUUCAUGAAGGUUCCACAGUGUGUGACAUAGAAGAGACCAAGAUUUCUGAUGGUCCUAUAUUUCGUUAGUCCUUAAACAACCGACAACCUGGGCAGUUAAAAGGGGAAUAGUACGCAAUAAAUUUAUGCAUACCUGCAUGAAGCUUUACGAGAUACUUUAUCCAGCUGCAGCAUGUGCAUGGACAACAGUUAUGCAAAGUGAGAAAUGAAGAACUUUUUAAUACCUGUUGUAAGGUGGAAUAUUGAAAAUGAUUACCAAAUA